AUGAAUAUGAACAUGAUGAACAUGAACUACAAUAAUAACAAUCUAAACUUUGAAAAUAAUAAUAAUAACUUUAACAAUAAUAAUUUUAAUAAUAAUAAUUUUAAUAAUAAUAACUUUAAUAAUUUAAAUCAAUCAGUUAACAGUACGAAUAAUAUGAAUAGAAGUCAGAUUAGAGAAAUUAAUGAAAAUAGUCAAGAUGAAAGUGAUGAAGAUGAUGAUGAAUAUUUUGAAAAUCAACAAGUUGUAGAAUAUAAUAAUAAUAAUAAUAAUAAUAAUAAUAAUAAUAAUAAUAAUAAUAAUCAAUUUAAUAAUCUAAAUAAUAAUGGAUAUAGUUUUAUGAGUAGUAGUUUUUCAUCAACAUCCUCGUCGGGUGGUGGAUUAAAUCAACAAGGCAACUAUUUCUUCAGUUCAUCUUCAUCUUCUGUUUCCUAUGGUGGAUCCAAUGGAGACUCCUCUUCUACAUCGUCGCCAGUCUUGAAGUUUAGAUCAUCUCAGACUCAAAUCAAUGGUGAUUUCGUGGAGCAGCACGAUCAUGAGAUCGAUGGUGCCAAUCAAACUGAGAAGAUGUCUAUCUACAGAGGAAUGGGCGACAAGUCAAGAUUGCUGCAAAAGGAGAUCAACAACGAGGGUCUUGUUGGCUCAUCAGAGACUGUCUGCAAUCUGCCACUGGAGGACGGUGAAUCUUUCAACCGUGAAUUCCAGAAUAACGUACCCUUCAGAAUGUCAAGCGAAGUCAGAGGCAAUCCAAACAGAAUCUAUAGCCAACAGCAAUCACAUUCACAACAACAACAUCAACAGUUUCAACAACAACAACAACAACAGCAAUAA